AUGAACUUUUUCCCUUCUCCUCCAUCUUCACCUCAAUUGUCUGCCUCAAGUGACAAAGUAAUGUGUGGUUCCUGCAAUAAAACAUUAUCUUCCGAUUGGUUUUGUUCAGAUUGUCAUACAAAAUGCUCAACAUGCAAUCGCUUCUUGAGCGACGCUGAUUACUGUACUCGCUGUUGGUGCUUCGAUCAGUAUAACAACCGUCUUGUGCGUAAGCCUAGUGCCUACGAUCAAUGGUAUCACUAUCAGCAGCAAUUGAAGCAAUGGUACUACUGGCAAUACAGCAACACAGCAUCGCAUCCACCAUCACCAACAAACUAA